CACGCCACGCCCCCUGGACAAAAUCCCGCCCCCCUGGCGCGGUCUCCUCACAGCGGCGUUGGCAGAAGCGACUCCAUUUUGCGCUCCUCCUCAUCCUCCUCCCGCGAAGGAAGCGAAGCCCUCGCCGGCCCUCCUCCACCUCCUCCUCCUCCUCGGCGCCGCCGCCAGCAGGUCCUCUUCGCCGCCGCCAUGAACGAGGAGUAUGACGUGAUCGUGCUAGGCACAGGCCUCACGGAAUGCAUUCUCUCUGGCAUUAUGUCCGUGAAUGGAAAGAAAGUCCUUCACAUGGAUCGCAAUGCUUACUAUGGAGGUGAAAGCGCAUCCAUUACACCCCUGGAAGACCUGUACAAAAGGUUUUGCCUGCCAGGGAGUCCACCUGAGUCGAUGGGCCGAGGAAGAGACUGGAAUGUGGACCUGAUCCCCAAAUUCCUCAUGGCUAAUGGCCAGCUGGUCAAGAUGUUGAUGUACACAGAAGUCACUCGCUACUUGGACUUCAAAGUGAUUGAAGGAAGCUUUGUCUACAAAGCAGGGAAGAUUUACAAAGUCCCUUCAACUGAGGCAGAAGCCUUGGCAUCCAGUCUGAUGGGCCUAUUUGAGAAAAGGCGCUUCAGGAAAUUCCUCGUGUACGUCGCCAACUUCGACGAGAACGAUUCCCGCACUUUCGAAGGCGUCGACCCCAAGAAGAACACCAUGCGCGACGUGUACAAGAAGUUCGACUUGGGCCAAGACGUCAUAGAUUUCACCGGCCAUGCCCUCGCACUGUACAGGACCGAUGACUACCUAGACCAACCCUGCCAUGAAUCAAUCAACAGGAUUAAAUUGUACAGCGAGUCUCUAGCUAGAUAUGGCAAAAGCCCCUACCUGUAUCCGCUUUAUGGCCUAGGGGAGCUGCCCCAGGGAUUUGCAAGGCUAAGUGCCAUCUAUGGCGGGACCUACAUGCUGAACAAGCCCAUUGAAGAGAUUGUCAUAGAAAACGGCAAAGUGGUUGGCGUGAAGUCAGAAGGAGAGAUUGCCCGCUGCAAGCAGCUCAUCUGCGACCCCAGCUACGUCCCAGACAGAGUCAAAAAGGUCGGCAAAGUGAUCCGGGUCAUCUGCAUCAUGAGCCACCCGAUCAAGAACACCAACGACGCCAAUUCGUGCCAGAUCAUCAUUCCCCAGAACCAAGUGAACAGGAAAUCGGACAUCUAUGUCUGCAUGAUCUCCUCUGCGCACAACGUGGCGGCGCAAGGGAAGUACAUUGCCAUUGUGAGCACCACCGUGGAGACGAGCGACCCAGAGAAGGAGAUCAAGCCCGCCCUGGAGCUUCUUGAGCCAAUUGAGCAGAAGUUUGUUAGUGUCUGCGACCUGUUUGCACCAACCGACUUGGGAAGAGAGAGCCAGAUCUUCAUUUCCCGCACUUACGACGCCACCACCCACUUUGAGACGACAUGCGACGACAUCAAAGACAUUUACAAGCGGAUGAUGGGCUCAGACUUCGACUUCGAGGAGAUGAAGCGGAAGAAGAACGACAUCUACGGGGAGGAGGAGCAGCAGCAGUAGUAGUGGCCGUAGUAAUAAUAAUAAUAAUAAUGAGGGUGCUUUGGGGGAGGGAGGGAUUGGGGGGGGGGGUCUCAAGUUCGCUCUCCGCUGGCUGGUGUCGAUGCGUCUGCCCAAGAGGCACUUAAGCGAAGCUCCGUACGACGUUCAAAUAUUGUAAGGCCUGCUUCUUCUUUCUUUUUCUUUUUUUGGUAAUCAUAUCUCUUGAGAUUGAAAAGAGUCCUGCACUGGUUAAAAAAACGAAACGCUCCUCCCUUCCCCUCUUUGGAUUAUAAUAAUCAUGUGUUAAUUCUUCUUUAAGCAAAGGUUGCCGUGUCAAAAUUGGCAGAUGCUGACACUUCUCGACCACGACUAACUGUUGCUAACUUUUUUUGACUUUGGGGAGAAGCCGCUUUCGAUGAUUUCGUAGAUUUUGAGGAGAAGCCGCUUUCGAUGAUUUCGUAGAUUUUCGAGGGGCCACAAAUCAAAAGGAAUUAAAAUCCGGUUCGGGUUAAAGGCUCGUCUGAAACGUCACAGCCUCCUCUUGGGUUUGUGUUUCAGCCAAAGCAAUGGGUAUUUUGGGGGGAUCUCCCUAAAACGGCCUCUUCCCCUCUAGUCCUAAUUCCACGGCAAGCUGGAUCAUGGCCAAAGCCCACCGCAACCCUGUCUCCACUUUGGCAGGGUCUCAACCCAGUGCUCUCCUCUUUUUCUCCCCUCCUCUUUCCUCAAAGCUUCUCGACUCAAAAGCCUUCUCGAAACCUAAACGAAAACCGUUUACAUCUGUUGGGACACAACUCGGCCGCUCAGGCUUUUUUUGUGUUUUAAACGCGAUCAUUAUUAUUAUUACUAAUAAUAAUAAAAACAAAACAAAAAACUUGGUGGAAGAAUGAAAACUCCAAAGCAAGGCAAAGCAUGUGUGUGUGUGUGUAUAUUGUGUUCUCUCCUCCACAUUUCCUUUCUCUUCUGUAUCCCACCCCCUUCUCCCCGGUCUGGUUGUUUCUCAGGUGUGGACCAAGCUGCACUGCAGUAAGCGAUUUGACGGAGCCUGGGUUUUCGGGGGGAAAAGAAAGAGCUCCGGAUGACUUCUGUACUGCCCAGUAAAGCCAACUUCUGGAAACCGA